CUCAAUGGCGGCGUCCUGUGAAACCGGGUAACACAGCGGCUCAGCCUCCGAUGAUUUAGCAGUGUCUGAUCAUGAGGGUGGUCUUUGUUGUGCUGGUCUUGCUGAGGGUCCAGCAUGUGCACUCAGCGUCUAAAGGAGUCGUCGCCAGUCUUCAGGCUAAAUGGUCCAUGACCCCUCUCCUGCUGGAAACAAGUGAGUUCAUCAGAGAGGAUGGUGAAGAGAAGUUCUGGCAGUUUGUCAAUACUGUGAAGGAGUUAACUGUUUACAAAAAUGGAGAGUCUGUCCGCUCGUAUUAUAACCUGAUCAUCAAGAAGGCUGGGCAGUUUUUGACAGAUCUUCAGGUCAACCUGCUGAAGCUGUCUCUGUCUCUCAGGGCUUACUCACCGGCUGUGCAUGCUUUCCAACAAAUAGCAAGUGAUGAACCUCCUCCUGAUGGCUGCACUGCUUUUGUGGUUGUUCACGGUCAAAAUGCCUGCAGCACCAAGGAUAUGAAGAAGCUUUUGAAGACUGCAGCAGGCAGGCCAAGACCUUACCUAUACAAGUCUGACCACCAGUACCCUGGAGUCAAUGGGACAGACCUGCCUGUAGCUGUUCUUUAUGCUGAAAUCGGCACAAAGGAGUUCAAUACUUUUCAUAAGGUUCUGUCAGAGCGGGCACAGGAGGGCAAACUCAUCUAUGUGCUAAGACACUUUGUGUCUGAGCCAAAAAAUGAAAAGAUGCUGCUGUCUGGAUAUGGUGUUGAACUGGCAAUUAAAAGCACCGAGUACAAAGCUGUUGACGACACACAAGUUAAAGAAUCCAAAUCACUCACCACUGAUAAUGAGGAUGAAAAUGAUGAAGUCCAAGGAUUUCUGUUUGGGAAAUUAAAAAAGUCUCACCCAGAGCUUCAGGAGGAACUUAGAGAGCUGAGGAAGCAUCUACUGGAGAGCACCAAUGACAUGACUCCCCUCAAAGUGUGGGAGCUCCAAGACCUUAGUUUCCAGGCGGCAUCUCGGAUCAUGACUGUGCCAAAGUUUGAUUCUCUCAAAUUGAUGCAAGACCUCAGCCAAAAUUUCCCAAGCAGAGCCAGAUCACUGACAAGAGUGGCUGUAAACCAAGACAUGAGGAAAGAAAUAGAAGACACUCAAAAGAGGUUGAGUGAGUCGAUGGGGAUCCAACCUGGAGAUGUCAGUCUGUUUAUUAAUGGAAUACACGUUGACCUGGACAUUCAUAACCCUUUCAGCAUCCUGGACAUUCUCAGAACCGAGGCUAAGAUUCUCGAAGGUCUUCAUAACCUUGGCAUCAGAGGAAGCAGCGUUAGUAAGUUCCUGCAUUUACCAUCAUCAACCACUGUAGAGGACAGCUACGCUCUGGACAUCCGCCACUCAUCCAUUAUGUGGGCUAAUGAUAUUGAGAAGGACUGCAUGUAUCGUCACUGGCCCUCAAGUGUCCAAGAGCUCCUCAGAGCAACAUUUCCUGGAGUUAUUCGACAAAUACGCCGUAACUUCUAUAACCUGGUUCUGUUUCUUGACGCAAUACAAGAAGAGAGCAUUGAGCUGGUGAAAUUAGCAGAACUAUUUUACAAACAUAACAUUCCUCUGAGGAUUGGGUUUGUGCUGGUUGUCAGUGCGGAUGAUAAAGUGGAUGGGUUUUUGGAUGCAGGUGUUGCUCUCUUUAGGCUGUUAAACUACAUCUCAGAGGAGUAUGAUGAAGCACAGGCUUUUACGUCCAUGGUGUCAAUAUUUAACAGGGUGGAAGUUGGAGAGACUCUUUCUGUGGAUACAGUAACUGCAUAUCUGAAAAAGAAAUUUCCAAAAGCAAAUGCUGCCAGAAUUCUUGGAGUGGACUCAAGCUAUGAUGACAACAGAAAGGCUGGAGGAGGGUUUUACAGAAAGAGUGGUUUAGGUGCUUUACCAGUGGGUCUGUUCAAUGGUAUUCCACUCAGAAGUGAGGAGAUGGACCCAAAAGAACUAGAGAUGGUUCUUCUGCAGAAAAUCAUGGAAACUACCAACUUCUUCCAGAGAGCUGUCUUUAUGGGUCAGAUCACUGAGAGUGUUGAUGUGGUGGACUUCCUAAUGGAGCAGACCAAUGUAGUUCCCCGUAUCAACCCUCUCAUUCUGAGCUCUGAGAGGCGAUAUCUGGAUUUCACUUCCUCACCAGUUGCUGAUGACUGGGAUGACACAACUAUGUUCUCAUACUUGGACUCGAAAGACAAAACAGCAGUUGUCUCUAAGAAAAUGAAGUAUUUCAUCAGAGAUGAAGAGGAGGUGUUGUACGGAGUGACCAUGUGGAUUGUAGCAGAUAUUGAACAGCCCUCUAGGAGGCAGUUGCUCCGGAACGCCUUGAAACAUAUGAAAUCCAGCAGCUCCAACUGUCGUGUCGGGGUGAUCAAUAACCCCAGUGGAAAGCCCACAGAGGACAACAGCGCUCUGUACCGAGCCGUCUGGGCUUCUCUCCUCACCCAAAGCAGCAAGAACAUGCUCGACUUCACCCUAAAACUCCUCAAAGAAGAAAAUGUGGAGCUCCUCAAACAAGGCACCAAGAUUAAGCACUUACUUAAACAGGGUAUGGACCAUGAUGCCUUUGAGAAGAAGUUCAACAUGAUGGAGGUGGACUUCCUGCACAGCCAGCAGAAGUACUGUAAGGAAGUUCUGAAGCUGAAAGCCGGACAGAGCGCUGUAGUCAGCAACGGCAGGGUCCUGAGCCUACUGGAUGAGGAAGAAGAGUUCAGUGUGGAAGAUUUCCAUCUGCUAGAGAAGAUCACACUUCGCACUUCAGCAGAAAAAAUUAAAUCUAAGAUCAAGCAGAUGAACUUGAAUGCCCAAAAGGCCAGUGAUCUAAUCAUGAAAGUAGACGCUCUCCUCACUGUAUCACCUAAAGGAGAGGCCAGGAAAGACGUCAAAUUUCUGAAGGACAAACACAGCGUUCUUCAGCUGGCACAGCGGGAAGAUGAGGUGUUCUAUGAUGUGGUUGCCAUCGUGGAUCCUCUCACCAGAGAUGCACAGAAGUUGGCUCCUUUAUUAGUUGUGCUUGGUCAAGUGGUCAAUAUGAAAGUGCAGGUGUUCAUGAACUGUCGAGCCAAGCUGUCUGAGAUGCCCCUGAAGAGCUUUUAUCGCUAUGUUUUGGAACCGGAUGUUUCAUUCUUUGGCAACAACUCCCUUUCCCCUGGCCCUGUGGCCCGCUUUACUGAAAUCCCAGAAUCCCCUCUGCUCACUCUAUAUAUGAUCACCCCAGAGAGCUGGAUGGUAGAGGCGGUCAGGAGCCCAUAUGAUCUAGAUAACAUCCACCUACAGGAGGUCAGUGGUAUAGUCAAUGCAGAGUAUGAGCUUGAGUAUCUGCUGUUGGAGGGCCACUGUUUUGACCUGUCCACAGGUCAGCCUCCCAGAGGACUUCAGUUUACACUGGGCAUGAGACGGGAACCUCUCAUGCAUGACACCAUUGUCAUGGCCAACCUGGGCUAUUUCCAGUUGAAGGCCAACCCCGGUGCCUGGAUCUUGAGGUUGCGUGAGGGCCGCUCAGAGGACAUCUAUCAGAUACAAGCACAUGAUGGCACGGACUCUCCUGUUGAUGCUGGUGAUGUCAUUGUGGUGCUUAACAGCUUCCACAGCAAGAUCAUCAAAGUUAGAGUCCAGAAAAAGCCUGACAAACUCAAUGAGGAUCUUCUAAGUGAAGGAACAGAAUCCAAAGGCUUGUGGGAUUCCAUAACCAGUGUGUGGAGUUCUUUGGAGAAAAGCUUUGCCGGUGGCCCGAGCGUGGACGAGGAUGACAAGAAGAAAGACGUUCUCAACAUUUUCUCAGUGGCCUCUGGACAUUUAUAUGAGCGCUUCCUGAGAAUAAUGAUGCUCUCUGUCCUUCAACACACCAAAACCCCAGUCAAGUUCUGGUUCCUCAAAAACUACCUCUCCCCCUCAUUUAAGGACACCAUCUCUCACAUGGCGAAGGCUUAUGGUUUCCAGUAUGAGCUGGUCCAGUAUAAGUGGCCCCGCUGGCUUCACCAGCAGACAGAAAAGCAACGUAUCAUCUGGGGUUAUAAGAUCCUUUUCCUGGAUGUGCUUUUCCCCCUGGCUGUGGACAAGAUCAUCUUUGUAGACGCUGAUCAGAUUGUCAGGGCAGAUUUGAAGGAGCUGAGAGAUCUGGCUCUAGAGGGCGCCCCCUAUGGGUACACACCAUUCUGCGACAGCCGAAAAGAGAUGGAAGGCUACCGUUUUUGGAAGACUGGCUACUGGGCUUCUCAUCUUGGACACAGGAAAUACCACAUCAGUGCAUUAUAUGUGGUGGACUUAAAAAAAUUCCGGAAGAUCGCAGCUGGAGACCGCCUCAGAGGGCAGUACCAAGCCUUAAGCCAAGAUCCCAACAGUCUGUCUAACCUGGACCAGAUCUUUGAGUUCAGCUCAUGA